GUUAACGUAGAGUAUAUUUAGUUUUUCAAAUAAAAUUUUUAUUUACAAUUUACAAUAAGAUACACAUCUAACAGAUAUUCAAUUUACAGGUAUAAAAAUACAAUUUUUUUGUGGUGUGCUAAAAGGAGGUUGGUAAAAGUUGAUGCUAAGUUGAAGUUCGGGGAGUUUUCCAAAUUGACACUUAAACGAUUACGUGACAAUCUUCUUAUUUUAUCGAAUUAUUACCCACAUUCGCAGAUCGAAUAGAUUACAAAGCUUUAAGCUCGGGGGUGAAAAACCGCUGCGCGUUUAAUGGCCUUUGACGAACGGCAACGGCACCAUUUGGGGAAUCACCGGAUCCGAUCGACGGUCAUCCAAAGCAUCCUCGUCGGUUUCCGAAUCCUCGUCAUCGUCCUUGUCGUUCCUCUCGGCGUCCUCCUUUCGUCAACUGGUGGCGCCCUCGCAGACGAUCGUCAGGGAAUGCGCAUGCGUCAACGCUGCCCAUAAAGGCGACCUACAAAUAUUUUAUUAACUAACAGCCAUUCAUUAGCCGGGAGAUUGUCGAUUGUACUCGAGAAGGAUGUGGUUGUAGUUUCUAUAGAGGAGAGUUCUAAGUUGCUACUGACUGAUAGAUUGUUGAUUAUAAUCAAGAAGGUUUUGGUAAUAGUAUUUUGAAUAGUAGAUGAGAGUUCUAGUUGCUAGAGACUGUUGUCGAUUAUAAUCAUUAUAACAAAUGGUAAUAUUUUGUAAGAAGAAAGUUAGCAGUUAC